CGUAACAGAGGGCAACCCUGCAUAUUGAGUUGUACCCAACAAACCCUGAAUUAAACCUUGUAUCCCAUUUGUAUCCCUUGCGCCAGGCUUUACCUUAGUGAAACAUAUUGGUUACAGUAUUAUAAACGUACUAUUGCAUUAAACUGCAGCAUAUACCUAUCACCCACAAACCCAGCGCGGCUAGCUCCUCCACGCUAGGUACUAGCAUGGAGGCGGGGGUAGCCGGCGUGCAGAAAACAUGCAGCUGCUGACCCAGCAGGAGACGCCAAUUUUGCUGUCGCUUCUUCUAUCGAGUGAGGCGAAGAGCUUGCGGACUGUCCAGACAGAGUUCGAGAGGGCCUUCCCGGACCGCUUCCGCGCCUGCUGCGCCGUUGUCCUUUUGCUCGAGGAUCCGACGGUCCUUCGUCUGCCGCAGCGCAUAGCGUCCUGGUUUUUGCUGUCCAUCCGUGACGCGGGUGCCAACAGCGCUUCACCCUUCCUCCCCCUUCUUGACAAGGCCGCCAGCAACCCCGCCGCCCCGCACGUCGAGCGGACCUUUCUGCGUCAGCUGCUGCUUGGCCCGCUCCCUGCAGAGCUAGCGGAGGUUACCCCUAGGGCGCUCGCCUUCUCCGCCGUUCAGCUCCCAGCGGCCACAGCAGCGGCGGCAGGAGCGGCAGCAGCUCCGACACAGCCGCAGCGGGACCAGCAGCAGCAGCAGCCCGGGGCGACCACCGCCGCGCUUCCCACCGCCUCUUCCGCAGGGCCCAAAUGUCAGACCAGGGAAGGCUCUAGCGGGGCGCCGGACGCUGCCCCACGACCCCAGGGUCAUGCAUUGCAGCAUGCGGUCCCUGCCGCUGCGGCUGCUCAGGGGCAGCAGCAGCAGCACCAGCAGCCGGUGCUGCCGGCUGCGUUGAUGGUGUGGGAGCGGCCUCAGCCCGCGGUGCUCACCCCGCUGCCCUCGGAGCUCAAGUGGCUCAAUCCGGACCUGCAGGGGGAACUGCUUUGGGACUCGGACAUGGGGGACACUGCGGGCGGGGGCGGCAGCGGCGGCGUGGGAGUGGCGGGGGUGAGUGGGAGUGCAGCUGGUGGUGCUGGUGGUGCUGCCUCUGCACGGCUGGAUGGCGCUGGUUCGUUGCCGGGCUCGGGGUUAGGGAUACAACAGCAGCCCGGGCUGCAGCAGCAGCAACAGCAACCACAGCCUUCUGCUCAAGGGGCCGGGGGCCAGCAGGCGGCUAGGGACCUGCUGGCAUCUGCGCUGCGGGCGCCGCUGCUGCCCAUGCAGCAGCAGCAGCUCCUCGCGGAGUUUGACGCCGACCCACGGGUCAUUCUGCGGCUCGGCCUGACGCCCGCGCACCUGCCAGCCCUAGUGGAGAACGCGCCGGUGGUGGCGACCGAGGCGCUGAUGCUGCUGAUCGUGCGGUGGCCUGAGCGGGCUGCCGGCUUCCUGGGUGUGUUGGCUCGCAGCGAGAUGAGCCUUCACUCGCUGGAGGUGGUGAACCGGCUGACGUCGACGGGAGCGGUGCCCGUGGAGUUCGUGCACCUGUACAUCACCAACUGCAUCCACUCCUGCGAGAGCACUCAGGACAAGUACGUUCAGAACCGGCUGGUGCGCCUGGUGUGCGUGUUCCUGCAGUCGCUCAUCCGCAACAAGGUGAUCCACAUCCACGAGCUGCUGCAUGAGGUGCAGGCCUUCUGCAUCAACUUCUCACGCAUCAGGGAGGCGGCGAAGCUGUUCAGGCUGCUCAAGCAGAUUGAGGCGGCCAUGCGGGGAGCUGAUGGGGCCGCCGCGGGGGCAGGGGGCGCGGGUGAGGAGCCCUCUACAGCAGCAGCAGGUGGGGCUGGCGCAGCGGAGGGUGCCGGUGGCAUGGUGGGGAGCCUGGAGGUAGCAGGCGGCAACGAGUGAGCGGAGGAAGGGUGAGGAGGGUGUGAGGAGGAAGGGUUGGCGGAGGCAGGGGCAGAGAUGCAUCUAUAGUCUAUGUGAGAACGGAAUUAUCCUACUUGGGACGGAUCGGGUAAGGUGGAUGACUCUUAUUAAAGACGAUGGCAUCCUUGUUUCGGGGUUUUGCUCAGCCUGAGCCGUUGGGGGCCGGAUGUGUUCGGGUGCCUCUGUAAAGGGCUCUGCUGGCUCGCCUGGAUGUUGCACUUGACGGACAUGAUGGUCAUGGGGAGAGACACAAGAUAAACCGUAAAUGGCAGCGGACCGCUGUAAGCGCUGUAUUGUGAGUUAGGACGAUUGCCGGGAACAUAGAUGUCGUUGCAGUUGUUAAGAAGGCUUGAUGUACGAAUGCUUGGCUAUUUUGCUUACAGGCUGCGGUAGCAGAGCAGCUUGCAAGGGCUGAGCGGUAGAUAACAGUUGCUCCGAUGUGGCUCCGGAAGCAGCGUGGAGGGUACCGGUAGUGACAAUGCAGGGUGGGCUCCGGGGCACUAAAGGUGGU